UAUAAUAAAAUUUGGAGGAAACAAAAAAAAUGUUUGUAAGUCAACUGUGACAAGAAAACAAAAGAGGUGUUGGAUAUUAGAUGAGAGGUCCAUUAUCUUUCCCACAAUCCCACGACUGAAAGUCGAAAUCCACAGUUUUCGUCCUCUAAAUAAAUUUCAGCCUUCUUUCUGCAACUCUUCGUCACUUAUAAAUAACUUCUCAUCCUUCCACCAUUGAUACCACUAGCCCACGAAAGAAAACAGCAACAGCCCCCUUUGAAUUUUUCUCUUUUUUUUUUUUUAAUUAUGAAUUGGAAGAGGCCCUAUGAAAGUAUAGUUCAAGAUUACUUAACGAAGGCGAAAUUCGUAGAGGUUUGGUUCAAGAAAGCUAAGUUAGCACUCAAAAUUAGGCUCGCACGAUACAAAGCUAAGUUAGUAUUACAAAAAUAUUUCCAAACAAUUUCCCCUCUCCUUCCUAAGAAGUUAAAAAGAGACCUAUUUUCACUUACUACUUCAAUUGAUAUAAAUAGUAAAUAGAAAAAUAAAAGAAAAAAUUGAAAUAAAAAACUCACGUUUACUUGAACGGCUCAAAACGAGCACACCUUCGCGUAUUCGGGAAACGAGCCAACCAUUGAACUCUAUUUUCUCAAAACGAGCCUUGUUACCUAUUACCUAAUACCUACUUAGCAAGUUAUUUUUUUUUUCUUUUUAAAAAAAAAAAAAUCUUUCUCCUCCACCUCACCACCCUCUUCCCACCUGCCACCACCAACAUUACCAUCCCCCGCUCCUCGCACACUCCUCAGUCCUCACCGCAACCAAAGCCACCGCACCACCAAUUAAUCACAGCACCUUCACACCCACAACCCACCUGCUGCACUCGCCCAGAACCACCACCGAACCGCACACACCACCUCUGCCAACGCCGCAAGCCGCAAUAACCGCACCAAAUAACAGCAGCAGCACCACAAUUCGAACAAUUAAAUUGUUGAAUUUCAACCUAAACAUCAACUUUCUGCAGAAAUUAGAAAAAAAAAAUGAGGUUGAUCAAAGUUGCUACAUGCAAUUUAAAUCAAUGGGCAAUGGAUUUCGAUUGCAAUUUGAAGAACAUUAAAGAAUCAAUUUUUAGGGCUAAAGAUGCUGGCGCUACUAUUCGCUUAGGUCCUGAGCUCGAAAUCACUGGUUAUGGCUGCGAAGAUCAUUUCUUAGAGCUUGAUACUGUCUCUCAUGCAUGGGAAUGUCUGAAAGAAAUUUUGCUCGAGGACUGGACAGAUGGCAUACUAUGUAGCUUCGGGAUGCCUGUUAUCAAUGGAUCGGCACGUUACAAUUGCCAAGUUCUUUGUAUGAAUAGAAAGAUUAUCAUGAUACGACCAAAGAUGUGGCUUGCCAAUGAUGGUAAUUACAGAGAGCUGCGUUGGUUCACUUCCUGGAAGCAUACAGACCAGAUGGUGGACUUUCAGCUACCUCAAGAUAUUGCAGAUGCCAUAUCACAAACAACAGUGCCCUUUGGUUAUGGUUUCAUUAAGUUCUUGGACACAACUGUUGCUGCUGAAAUUUGUGAAGAGUUAUUUUGUCCAGAUCCACCACAUGCCCAGCUUGCAUUAAAUGGUGUUGAAGUUUUUAUGAAUGCUAGUGGAAGUCACCAUCAACUAAGAAAGCUUAAAGUUCGUAUGGAUGCUUUUAUAGGUGCUACACAAGCUCGUGGAGGGCUUUACAUGUAUAGUAAUCAGCAGGGUUGUGAUGGUGGUCGCUUAUAUUACGAUGGAUGUUCCUGUGUUGUUGUGAACGGAGAUGUGGUUGCACAAGGCUCACAAUUUUCAUUGAAGGAUGUGGAAGUUGUCAUUGCUCACGUGGAUCUUGAUGCAAUUACUAGCCUACGACUUUCCUCAAGUAGUCUUCAGCAGCAGGCGAGCAAAAAAGUAGAUGUCCCAUUUAUUGUAGCUCCGUACAAGCUUUGCCAAUCAUUUCACUUAGUCGAGCCUAUUUCAUGUCCACUCAAGACUAAGUUUCGUGAACACAAACCUGAGGAAGAAAUAGCUUUGGGACCUGCUUGCUGGCUAUGGGACUAUUUAAGAAGAAGUGGAGCUUCUGGUUUCUUGCUUCCACUUUCUGGAGGUGCUGAUAGCUCCUCUGUUGCUGCAAUUGUUGGCUGCAUGUGUCAGCUAGUUGUUAAAGAAAUUCAUAAUGGUGAUGAACGAGUUAAAUCUGAUGCAAUAAGGAUUGGCCAGUAUCCUGAUGGCAAAUUUCCAACUGAUAGCAAAGAGUUUGCAAAACGCAUAUUUUACACUGUGUUCAUGGGAACGGAAAAUAGCUCUGAAACCACAAAAUCACGUGCCAAAGAACUUGCAGAUGAGGUUGGAUCAUGGCAUCUUGAUGUCUGCAUAGAUGGUGUUAUUUCAGCACUACUGACUUUGUUUCAGACACUAACAGGAAAACGCCCUCGCUAUAAGGUUGAUGGAGGAUCAAAUGCUGAGAACUUAGGGCUACAGAACAUUCAAGCUCGUAUCAGAAUGGUUUUGGCUUUCAUGUUGGCAUCACUUAUGCCUUGGGUUCAUAGCAAAUCUGGGUUUUAUCUUGUCCUUGGUAGCUCCAAUGUCGAUGAGGCAUUGCGUGGUUACUUGACAAAGUAUGAUUGUAGCUCAGCCGACAUAAAUCCUAUUGGAAGUAUUAGUAAGACUGAUCUUCGAGCAUUCUUGCGGUGGGCUGCUGUCCAUCUUGGCUACUCUUCUUUGGCUGAGGUUGAAGCUGCACCACCAACGGCUGAAUUGGAGCCAAUUCGCUCAGAUUACACACAGCUGGAUGAAGUGGACAUGGGAAUGACGUAUGAAGACCUCUCAGUUUAUGGCCGACUGCGUAAAAUUUAUCGUCGUGGUCCAGUAUCUAUGUUCACGGAUCUUUGCUUUAGAUGGGGUUCAGUAUUGACUCCAUCAGAAAUUGCUGAGAAGGUGAAGUUUUUCUUCAAGUACUAUUCCAUCAAUCGGCACAAGAUGACUGUCCUUACGCCUUCCUACCAUGCAGAGAGCUAUUCACCAGAGGACAAUAGGUUUGAUCUGCGUCAAUUCUUGUACAACUCGAGAUGGCCAUUUCAAUUCCGCAAAAUUGAUGAGCUUGUUAAGAAGAUCAAUGGCGACAAAGUCAUAGCAAAAUUCGAUGAGAAAGAUAAACCAGAACUUGUAUCAGAUCAGGUUGGUGGAAUGGGAGUUGCAGCCGUUGGAUCUGGAAACCCUAACGUGGGGUUUUAGUUAAAAUUGCAUCAGCAACGCAAGUUCCUACUGCAUUUUUUGCUUAGUGAUGAUUGAGAAUUUGCACCUCACCUUGUCAAUAAUUAUUCUAACUAAAUAAUUUGUAAAAUAGUUACUAAAUAAUUAUGAAAUAAUUACCGAAAAUACAGGGUAUUACAAUAUAUGCCAGUGGCUUUUACAGCCAUCAUUAUACA